ACUCCAAACUCAGAGCAAAGUUAAGCACCAAGCUUGAGAUAGAUGGGGAAAAGAGGGGAGGAGACAGAAUUAUUUCCAAGAAAAAUGAGAUCUCAAGCUCAACCACCAUCUCUUUCUAUGCUCCUAAUUGUUCUGUUCGUUACUCCACAAUGCUUUCAAAUUGUCUCAUCUGCACAUGGAGAACAAAGCAAGCUUCAGUUGUACCUUGUUUAUUUGGGAGAGAAACAACACGAAGAUCCAGACGUCGUCACGGCAUCACACCAUGAUAUACUCACUUCUGUACUUGGGAGGAAGGAGGAUGCUCUUAGGUCCAUUGCCUACAGCUACAGGCAUGGAUUCUCUGGCUUUGCAGCAACUCUCGCAGAAUCUCAAGCAAAACGAAUUGCAGAGCUCCCUGAAGUUGUCAGCAUUGUGCCUAAUCGCAACCUCCAUUUGCAUACAACCCGAAGCUGGGACUUCAUGGGACUUGGGCUCGACCACAACCCCAAACUGCCUGAAAACUUACUGCACAAAGCGAAUCAUGGAGAGGGUAUUAUCAUCGGCAUUGUUGAUUCAGGUGUAUGGCCAGAAUCAAAAAGCUUCGAUGAUGCAGGCUACAGCCCGAUCCCCUCCCGAUGGCGAGGCAAAUGUCAAGUCGGCCAAAACUUCACCCUCCAAAACUGCAACAAGAAAAUAAUUGGAGCUCGAUACUAUACCGCUGGCACACCUGACGAGGACCUCCAAAACGAUUUCCUGUCCCCUCGAGACACGAAUACCCAUGGGACGCACACGGCCUCCACCGCUGCAGGCAACAUAGUUCCCAAUGCCAGCUUCAACAGCCUUGGAGCGGGGACCGCGAGAGGAGGAGCUCCUCGUGCUCGUCUGGCUAUCUAUAAGGUGGGGUGGGGUGAGCGAGGAUUCACUCCACUCGCCGCUGGAGUGAAGGCGAUCGAUGAUGCGAUUCAUGAUGGUGUUGAUGUGCUGUCGCUAUCGCUUGGUUGGGAUUUGUUGGAUUACCCCUACGCAACGCUGCACGCUGUUGAGAAGGGGAUUACGGUUGUAUUUGCUGGAGGGAACAGCGGUCCUGGACCACAGACGAUGGAGAGUGAUGCUCCGUGGGUUAUUACAGUGGCGGCAAGCACUUUGGAUCGAUCUUUUCCGACUAUGAUUACUCUUGGAAAUAAUCAACAAUUUGUGGCUCAGUCCAUGUAUACUAGUAUCAAGGGUGCCGACACUUUCUUCGAAAUAAUUCUUGACACCAGUUGCGAUCUUGGUCUUGCGAACCGUACUGAAAAUAUUGCCGAGAAGAUUGUGCUUUGUUAUCCUGACAACUUAGCCGAAAGCCUGCCCUUUGUAUAUGUACAAAAUGCAAUAGCUAACAUGCUACAAAUUGGGGCUAAGGGUCUGAUUGUUGCACAUUACAAUGUUGAUAUUGUUGGUGCUACGGCGAACUGCCUAUCGAUCCCAUGCGUGCUUAUAGACUUUGAAGCUCAACGAAAAAUUUAUACAUAUAUAGGCAGUACAAGAACCCCAAAGGUAAAGAUAUCACCAACACAAACUAUUGCAGGAGACAGCAUUCUUGCACCUAAGCUUGCUGCUUUUUCUUCAAGAGGACCAAGCGCAGCAUUCCCAGGAUUGAUCAAGCCUGAUAUUGCUGCCCCUGGGAGUAAUAUCCUGGCUGCAGGGCCCGGUGGUUAUUUCUUUGAUACAGGAACCUCUAUGGCGUGCCCGCAUGUAGCAGGAAUUGCUGCGUUGCUGAAGUCCCUCCACCCUGAUUGGUCUCCUGCAGCUAUAAAAUCCGCACUUGUGACGACAGCGUCCACCGGCGAUGCAUAUGGGGAGCCGAUAGCAGCAGAGUCUUCGCCAAGGAAGCUCGCUGACCCAUUUGACUUUGGUGGCGGCCAUGUCAACCCCAACGCAGCUGCAGAUCCUGGUCUAGUCUAUGACAUUAACCCAAAGGAUUUCUUCAAAUUCUUCCAAUGUGCGGGUAUUGAUUGUAAUAAAACAAUGAGUAAUCUAUAUGACCUAAAUCUCCCCUCAAUUUCCAUUCAUGAUCUUAAAACUGCUAAGACAGUAUCAAGAACAGUUACCAAUGUGGGCAAGGUUGACUCAGUGUACAAAGCAGUUGUUCAAGCUCCAAUUGGGGUUAAAAUGGUGGUGAAACCUUCAGUUUUACAUUUUAACGUGUCAAUGAAAAUACAAACCUUCAAGGUUUCUUUUGUUGCGACGAGAAAGGUGCAAGGGGACUAUAGUUUUGGGAGCUUGACUUGGGUUGAGGAUCAUGGGACUCACUCGGUUAGGAUUCCAAUUGCGGUCCGUAGAGUGAUUGUGGACUCAUACUCGGAUGUCGGAAAUUAGAGUUUAGGUGCGCAUGUAAGUAAUGUGCCGUUGUUGGCUGCUAAAUAAAUGAUGCUUGGAUGUUGGAAAUUAGAGUUUAGGUGGACAUGUAAGUAAUAUGCGGUUUUUGGCUGCUAAAUAAAUGAUGUUUGUGUAUGUUUUGUUAGUGUAUGUUUAUGUUAGUGUUGUUGGCUGCUAAAUAAAUGAUGUUAAUUUUGUGUAUGUUUA